AUUCGAUGUCAAAGUCACAUCUGUUUGCGGUUACUGUCACUGUCAAAAGCUGUCAAAUAUCAGAUUUGUCUUGUUUUGCUGUGACCUAAAUAUUUUUUUAAAACGUGAUAUUGGAUUAUAAAAUCAAAUCUAUCUUGCAUUUACUAAAUUAAUACAAAAUGCAGCAACUGAGGAAGCUUGUUGGAAAUACUGCAAGCAAAGAGCGAAGGAAAUUGUUCAGACAGCCGCAUCUUCAAGACACAAUUAGAUGUAUGAGUGCACAAGAGACCCCUACAAUUGAGAAAAAUAAAAUACCUUUUGUAAUUCCUAAAGGUACUUUUGGUCAGCCAACAUAUCACACACAUCCACAUUUAAUAAAGGAAGAACAUUUGACAUGGGGCGUCACACAGGCUGAAUACAAAAAAAGGCGAGAAACUCUUGUUGCGAAAUUAGUUGCAGAAUCUGAAAAUAUGCACAAUACUCACAUUGUAGUAAUACCAGCCGCUCGCAAACAGUACAUGUCUGAUAAAAUCCCAUAUGUAUUCAGACAGCACUCUGACUUCUUCUACCUCACCGGGUGCUUAGAACCUUCUGCAAUAUUAGUGUUAAUGAAACCUGCACAAACAGACAAGUUUAAGAGCAUUCUAUUCGUACACGACAAGGACGCACACGCAGAGUUGUGGGAGGGGCCUCGGACGGGAUGCACAGCCGCAGCUCGACUGUUCUGCAUGGAUGAAUGUCGACCCGUCGAGAACUUCAACACGUAUUUAAAUAAACUCACAACAAAUUCAAAGCCGGCGGUACUUUGGUACCAUAAUGAGGAGCCUGCCAACCCUGAUAUACACAACGCGGUCAGAGGGACCCUCAGAGGAGAUGUCAAUAUCACCCUCUCAGACCCUAAGCGAGCCUUACACUUUAUGAGGGUCAUAAAGUCCCCAGCGGAGAUCGAGCUCAUGAAGGAAACCUGUUAUAUUGGGUCGCAGUCCAUUAAUAUGGCUAUGGCUUGUACGAAGCCAGGUAUAUCCGAGCACAUGGUGAACGCAGUGCUGGAGUACUCGUGCAAGCAGGGCGGGGCGGAGCACCUCGCCUUCCCGCCCGUCGUGGCCGGCGGAGCCCGGGCUACACACAUACACUACGUGGCCAACAACCAACUGCUCAACGCUAAUGAGAUGAUAUUGGUUGACUCUGGCAGCCAGCACUGGAUGUACAACUCGGACAUAUCUCGCACGUGGCCGGUGGCGGGGAAAUUCUCCAAGCACCACCGGAUACUAUACGAACUCGUGCUCACUGUACAGAAACGUCUAAUAGAGUUGCUGGGCGAGCAGCGUCCAGCGCUGGACAAGUUGUUCGACAGUAUGUGUCGGUUGCUGGGCAAGCACCUGAAGGAGGAGGGGAUCAUAUCUAAGACAUUGGAGGGACAAGAACUAUAUAGUCUUAUCUAUAUCUGUGGACUGUACUGUCUCUUGAUGGUCCCCCGCGUGACGCAGUACGUAUGUCCGCAGCGCGCGUACCGGCUGUGUCCGCACCACGUGUCGCACUACCUCGGGCUGGACGUGCACGACGCGCCGCUCGUGCGGCGGAACAUCCCCGUCUGCACCAACAUGAUCGUCACUGUGGAACCUGGAAUCUACAUCAGACCAGACGAUACGACAGUCCCCAAAGAGUUCAGAGGCGUCGGCAUCCGCGUGGAAGAUGACGUACUCAUCACUGAUAAAGAGCCAGUAGUGUUGACAGAAGAUUGUGUCAAAGAAGUAGCCGAUAUUGAGGCUAUUGUUGGCAAACAUACCCUUUAACUUAUAGCCUUUUGUUUUUAAAGGCUGGCAACGUUGUCGUCUAGUGUUGCCAAUGUCCAUGAAUGAAAAUCACU